AUGUCGGACAUAACAAAGAAGGAAUUCGCCGAGCUUGCCUUGGAUGGUAGUAACUACCUCACUUGGGCAUUGGACGUUGAGAUUAAACUCGACUCCAUUGGUCUCGAUCAUACUAUUGUGCUGCCCGAACUUGGCACUGUGGAGUCUACGAAGGCCGAGAAAGCAAAGGCAUUGCAUUUCUUGCGCCACCAUCUCCACCCAGACCUGAAGUCUGAGUAUAUGACCGAGAAAAAUCCACUGGUAUUAUGGCAAUCCCUGAAGGAUCGCUUUGACCAGCAAGGGUCAAUUGUGCUCCCACAGGUACAACAUGACUGGAUCACCCUACACUUCCAAGACUACAAGUCUACGGCGGCGUAUAACUCUGCCCCCCAUAGGAUCAUUUCUCAGUUGCGUUUUUGUGGCCAGAAGAUCACUGACGCUGAGAUGAUCGAGAAAACCUUAUCUACCUUUCAUCCCAACAACAUAGUGCUGCAACAGCAAUACAGGAACUCAAAGUACCCGAAGUACUCUGAUCUUAUCUCAGUCCUGUUAGUUGCAGAAAGGCAGAAUGAAGUUCUUCUAAAGAAUCAUUCUGCUAGACCCACUGGGUCUAUGGCAGUGCCUGAAGCACACGCCAAUGUUGUUGGAAACUCGCGUGGCCGUAAAAGAGGCCAUGGUGAGAAGAAAGGGAAAGGUAAGGGAAGUAUCAAAUUCAAGGGCAAGAGCAAGGGUAAACCCAGAGGUAAAGGCGAACUCAAGAAGGUUACAGGUGAAUCAUCUGGGGAAAAGCAGGAUAACUGCUAUAGAUGUGGAGGCAGAGGGCAUUGGUCCCGUAACUGCCAUGUCCCCAAGCACCUGGUUGAGCUCUACCAACAAAGCAUGAAUGAGAAAAAGAGCCAACAUGAGUCCCACUUCACCAUUGAGCCUGAAGCUCAGAUUGAAAAGCAUGAUGACAUGCUUAUCAAUGUUAAGGAUGGUGGGGACGUCCGUAUGGACGAUGAUUGGAACAACCUUCUUGAAAAAGAUGAUAACAUAUUUGGAGACCUGAAGUAA